UUUUCUUUUUCUAUUAUUAUUUUGACGACUCUCGAGUUGUGCCCAUGCUCUUGUCAGCUUCGUUUUAGGCAUAGCAUGGCCAGACAGAAGAAAAUGGGGCAAAACGUGCUCCGGGCGGUCUUCCUUUUAGUCCUGGGGCUUUUGGGUGAUUCUCACGGAGGAUUCCCCAACACCAUCAGCAUAGGUGGACUUUUCAUGAGGAACACAGUGCAGGAGCACAGUGCUUUCCGCUUUGCCGUGCAGUUAUACAACACCAACCAGAACACAACUGAGAAGCCCUUCCAUUUGAAUUACCACGUUGAUCACUUGGAUUCUUCCAAUAGUUUUUCUGUGACUAAUGCUUUCUGCUCCCAGUUUUCAAGAGGGGUGUAUGCCAUCUUUGGAUUCUAUGACCAGAUGUCAAUGAACACCCUGACCUCCUUCUGUGGGGCCCUGCACACGUCCUUUGUCACACCAAGCUUCCCCACUGAUGCAGAUGUGCAGUUUGUCAUCCAGAUGCGCCCAGCCUUGAAGGGCGCUAUUCUGAGUCUUCUUGGCUACUACAAAUGGGAGAAGUUUGUGUACUUGUAUGACACAGAACGAGGAUUUUCCAUUCUACAAGCUAUUAUGGAAGCAGCAGUGCAAAACAACUGGCAAGUAACAGCAAGGUCUGUAGGAAACAUAAAGGACGUCCAGGAAUUCAGGCGCAUCAUUGAAGAAAUGGACAGAAGGCAAGAAAAGCGAUACUUGAUUGACUGUGAAGUCGAAAGGAUUAACACAAUUUUGGAACAGGUUGUGAUCCUGGGAAAACAUUCAAGAGGUUAUCACUACAUGCUUGCCAACCUGGGUUUUACUGACAUUUUGCUGGAAAGAGUCAUGCAUGGUGGAGCCAAUAUUACAGGUUUCCAGAUUGUCAACAACGAAAACCCUAUGGUCCAGCAGUUCAUACAGCGUUGGGUGAGGCUGGAUGAAAGAGAAUUUCCUGAAGCCAAAAAUGCACCACUAAAGUAUACAUCUGCAUUGACUCACGAUGCAAUACUGGUGAUAGCAGAAGCCUUCCGCUACCUGAGGAGGCAGAGAGUAGAUGUGUCCCGAAGAGGUAGUGCUGGAGACUGCUUAGCAAAUCCUGCUGUGCCCUGGAGUCAAGGAAUUGAUAUUGAGAGAGCUCUGAAAAUGGUACAAGUACAAGGAAUGACUGGAAACAUCCAGUUUGACACUUAUGGACGUAGGACAAAUUAUACCAUUGAUGUGUAUGAAAUGAAAGUAUCUGGAUCUCGAAAAGCUGGCUACUGGAAUGAAUAUGAGAGGUUUGUGCCUUUCUCAGAUCAGCAAAUCAGCAAUGACAGUGCAUCCUCAGAGAACCGGACCAUUGUAGUGACUACCAUUCUGGAAUCACCAUAUGUAAUGUAUAAGAAGAAUCAUGAGCAACUGGAAGGAAAUGAACGCUAUGAAGGCUAUUGUGUAGAUUUAGCCUAUGAAAUAGCCAAACAUGUAAGGAUCAAAUACAAAUUGUCCAUUGUUGGUGAUGGGAAAUACGGUGCAAGAGAUCCAGAGACUAAAAUAUGGAAUGGAAUGGUUGGGGAACUUGUCUAUGGGAGAGCUGAUAUAGCUGUUGCUCCACUCACUAUAACACUGGUCCGUGAAGAAGUUAUAGAUUUUUCAAAGCCAUUUAUGAGCCUGGGCAUCUCCAUCAUGAUAAAGAAGCCUCAAAAAUCAAAACCAGGCGUAUUCUCAUUUCUGGAUCCCUUGGCUUAUGAAAUCUGGAUGUGCAUUGUCUUUGCUUAUAUCGGAGUCAGUGUAGUUCUUUUCCUAGUCAGCAGAUUCAGCCCUUAUGAAUGGCACUUGGAAGACAACAAUGAAGAACCUCGUGACCCACAAAGCCCUCCUGACCCUCCAAAUGAAUUUGGAAUAUUUAACAGUCUUUGGUUUUCCUUGGGUGCCUUUAUGCAACAAGGAUGUGAUAUUUCUCCAAGAUCACUCUCUGGGCGCAUUGUUGGAGGGGUUUGGUGGUUCUUCACCCUGAUCAUAAUUUCUUCCUAUACUGCCAAUCUUGCUGCUUUCCUGACUGUGGAGAGAAUGGUUUCUCCCAUAGAGAGUGCUGAAGACUUAGCUAAGCAGACAGAAAUUGCAUAUGGGACCCUGGACUCUGGUUCAACAAAAGAAUUUUUCAGAAGAUCCAAAAUUGCUGUAUAUGAGAAAAUGUGGUCUUACAUGAAAUCGGCAGAGCCAUCUGUGUUUACCAAAACAACAGCAGAUGGAGUGGCCCGAGUGCGGAAGUCCAAGGGAAAGUUCGCCUUCCUGCUGGAGUCAACCAUGAAUGAGUACAUUGAGCAGAGAAAACCCUGUGAUACGAUGAAAGUUGGUGGAAAUCUGGAUUCCAAAGGCUAUGGUGUGGCAACCCCUAAAGGCUCAGCAUUAAGAACGCCUGUAAACCUUGCAGUAUUGAAACUCAGUGAACAAGGCAUCUUAGACAAGCUGAAAAACAAAUGGUGGUACGAUAAGGGGGAAUGUGGAGCCAAGGACUCCGGGAGUAAGGACAAGACCAGUGCUCUAAGCCUGAGCAAUGUGGCAGGCGUUUUCUAUAUACUUGUCGGAGGUCUGGGGCUGGCCAUGAUGGUGGCUUUGAUAGAAUUCUGUUACAAAUCACGGGCUGAGUCCAAACGCAUGAAACUCACAAAGAACACCCAAAACUUUAAGCCUGCUCCUGCCACCAACACUCAGAAUUACGCUACAUACAGAGAAGGCUACAACGUGUAUGGAACAGAAAGUGUUAAGAUCUAGGGACCCCUUCCCACUGGAGGCGUGAGAUGAGAGGAAAUCACCGAAAACAUGGCUGCUUCAAGGAUCCUGAGCCAGAUUUCACUCUCCUUGGUGUCGGGCAUGACACGAAUAUUGCUGAUGGUGCAAUGACCUUUCAAUAGGACAAACUGAUUUUUUUUUUCCUUCAGUGCCUUAUGGAACACUCUGAGACUCGCGACAAUGCAACAAACCAUCAUUGAAAUCCUU